CUGACGUCGCGCAGCACACGUGUAGACGAAAAACACGUUAGUUGUGCGUCCCAGUCGUUGUUUUUAACGUGUUUUGUCCAUACGUAACGGAAUCUAUAUAUUUGUGUUUAGUGUAAUCGGUAAUCUUAGAAUAUCCCGCAAUGGGAGGCUUACAGAAGAAGAAGUAUGAGAGUGGGUCUGCCACCAACUACAUAAGCAGAAACAAAGCUCGCAAGAAGCUGAGUUUAAGUUUGGCUGAUUUCAGGCGGUUGUGCAUAUUGAAAGGAAUUUACCCACAUGAACCCAAACACAAAAAGAAGGUGAACAAGGGAUCCACAGCCCAGAGGACCUUCUAUCUCCUCAAAGACAUCCGCUUCCUCAUGCAUGAGCCAAUAGUGGGAAAGUUCAGGGAGUACAAAAUAUUUGUGCGCAAACUGCGGAAAGCAUAUGGCAAAGCAGAAUGGGGCACAGCUGAGAAGCUGCGAGGCAACAAGCCUGGAUACAAACUGGACCACAUCAUAAAGGAGAGGUAUCCCACGUUCAUCGAUGCUCUGCGCGACGUUGACGACGCCCUGUCGAUGUGCUUCCUGUUCUCGACUUUUCCGCGGACAGGCAAGUGCCACGUUCAGACCAUCGAGCUUUGCCGGCGUCUCAGUGUGGAGUGGAUGAACUACAUCAUCACGUUGCGCUCUCUAAGGAAGGUGUUUCUGUCCAUUAAAGGAAUCUAUUACCAAGCAGAGGUGCUGGGACAGAUCAUCACGUGGCUUGUACCAUAUCAGUUUGCUCAUGAUCACCCUACAGAUGUGGACUACAGGGUUAUGGCCACCUUCACAGAACUCUACACUACUCUUCUUGGUUUUAUCAACUUCCGCCUCUACCAGACCCUCAACCUCGUCUACCCGCCGAAGCUGGAUGGGAAGGGAGAGGAAGAGUCGCGAGCCGAAUCGGAAGAGGAUUACGCCAUGGACUCCGAGCGCUACAUGGAGAAACUGUCAGCGCUGAGUGCAAGUCUCGUUCGCGUGGUCUCCACAGCAGAAGCAGAAGAGGCUGAGCUCGACCACUUCCCUGCUGAAGGGGAGGACGGCGAGAAGCUGGCGGAGCGGUUGAAGGCCCGGCAGGACCAGGACAGACAGGAGAAGCUCUUCGAGGGCCUGAAGUUCUUCCUGAACAGAGAAGUGCCCAGAGAAUCUCUGGCCUUUGUGCUAAGGUGUUUUGGAGCACAGGUCUCCUGGGAUAAGUCUCUGUGUAUUGGUAGCACAUACGAUGUCACUGACGAGACAAUCACACACCAUGUGGUGGACAGACCCAGCCUGGAGAAACAGUAUAUCAACAGGUACUACGUACAGCCCCAGUGGGUGUACGACUGCGUGAACGCCAGGAUGCUGCUGCCCGUGGAGGACUACUUUGUGGGCGUGACCCUACCUCCUCACCUGUCUCCGUUCGUGGAGGAGAAGGAGGGUGACUACGUCCCCCCAGAGAAGCUCAAACUCCUGGCUCUCCAGAAAGGAGAGAGACCUGAGCAAGAGGAGGAAGAAGAGGAAGAGGACAAUGAUGAUAGUGAGGAAGAGGAGGAUGAGGACCAGUCAGAUGAUGAGGAUGAGCUGAAGGGCAUGGAGGAGAAGCAAGCUCUGGGCAAGGCUUCGUCGGUGAAGGUGACCCCAGGCGAGGCCAAGCCGGUGAACCGGCAGAGGGCGGAGCAGGAGGCGAAGGCAGAAGAGAAGAGGCUUGCCGUCAUGAUGAUGAAGAAGAGGGACAAGUACCUCUACGACAAGAUCAUGUUUGGGAAGAAGAGGAGCGUGCGAGAGGCUAACAAGAUGUCAGCCAAGAGAAAAGCUCUGGAUGAGGCCAGUAAAGCUAACAAAAAGAAGAAGUUGAAGAAGUGAUAGAGGGAAAUGAAAGAACUGUUUUUUAAUCUAUUAAAAUAAUUCUGUGCAUUUAUUGGUAACAAUGCGAUAAGUCAUCUUUCUAUAAAAAUGCGAAUGCUAAAGAGUGGAAGAGUCAUCGCUUGAGUAUGUUUAUAAAAUCUUGUCAUUGUCAUUUAGCCCUUGAAAUUCUACAACACAUCAUCCUGUUACAUUAAAAAUGACCCAUUAAGUGUCAAAAGCACUUUUGGAAUACUCA